AUGGACAUCUGGGCCUUGACAGAAUGGGAUACGCCUCUGAAGAAGCUCCGCCAGCCUAUUCCAACUCCCAAAGGAACGGAAAUCUUGGUGAGAGUUACCCACGCGGGAGUUUGUCACUCAGACCUCCAUACCGCCGAAGGCUUCUAUGACAUGGGAGGAGGAAAGCGCUUUUACGUCAAAGAACGUGGUAUACAGCUGCCUGUUGCAUUGGGACAUGAAAUACUGGGAGAAGUGGCUGCUGUCGGACCGGAGGCAGGGUCUGUCGCAAUAGGGUCCCGUCACAUCGUGUAUCCGUGGCUCGGGUGUGGUACCUGUGGGCGCUGUACCCAGGAAAAGGACAACUUGUGCGCCGCGCAAAAAGCACUCGGAGUCCUUCGAAAUGGCGGGUUUGCCGAGUAUGUGGUGGUUCCCCAUCCGAAGUACCUCGUCGAUCUAGGCGAUCUCGACCCCUCGGUGGCGUGUACUUAUGGCUGUUCUGGAAUCACAACCCUCAGCGCAGUCAGCAAGGUCAUGCCCCUGCCGCCGGAUGAGCCGGUCCUCCUGAUCGGCGCGGGAGGUCUAGGACUGGCAACAAUAUCAGUGUUGAAGGCAUUUGGGCAUAAAUCCAUUGUCAGUGCAGACAUAAGUGACGACAAACUGGCUACGGCCGCUGCAGCCGGUGCCACAAAAACCGUCAACACCUCUGGCCCCUCCGCAGCUCAAGAUAUUCUUGCCGCCACUAAUGGGCCUGUCAUUGCAGUGAUAGAUUUUGUGAACAACUCAGCCACCGCAAGCAUGGUGAACGGCCUGGUCGCGAAAGGGGCCAAAUGGGUACAAGUCGGUGUUAUGGGAGGCUCGAUUGAGUUGUCUCUCGUAGCGAACAUUUUCAAAGGCCUGACCAUUUAUUCCAACAUCACCGGAGAUUUGGACGAGCUCCGGAGCCUCGUGCAGCUCGCGAAAGAAGGGAAGCUAGCCCCUGUGCUGGUCCAGAAAAUGCCUUGGGACUCAGUGAAUGAAGCAAUGGACUUGCUUAAGGCGGGAAAAGCUUCGGGGCGAAUUGUGCUCGUUAAGUGA